GUGGCAGCCCUUUACGGGCUCAAAGACGCUAGUUCCAAGGCCGAGGCAGCCAAUAAAUCACCAGCCGGACCGCAGAACGCUGCGAGGGCUGCCCUCUGCCACAUGCAUGCGAUGCAGCACGCGACUCUGCUGCUGGUCCUAACAUGCAAAACGCAUGCCCUUUCGGCCGACCCGAGCAAAGGCUUUGCUAUUUUUGCGCGAAACGUGAUGCGUGGGAACCAGCGGUGCUUUUCGCGGGUCGCCGACGACCUCGCGCAGCGGGGCCUACCGAACGGCGCGCGCGUCUUGGACCUGGGGGCGUCGGCGGGCGAGCCGAGCCUCACGAUCGCGAGCCGCGGCUUCCGCGUCGUGUCCACGGACUUCGCGCCGCCGAACAAGAAUCUGGGGGAGAAAAGGGCGGCGGCCUUCGGCCUGAGCGAUAUGGUCGAGUUCCACACGGCGGACGCCCAGGACCUGUCGCGGUGGGGCGACGGCACCUUCGACGCCUGCGUCGGCACGUACGUCCUCAUGUUCACGCCCGACGUCGAGAGGGUCUGCCGCGAGGUGCGGCGCGUGCUCAAGCCGGGCGCGCCGUUCAUCACCACGGUGUGGCAGCCGCCCGCCCGGGUAAACAUCUGUGUGGAAAUCAAAAUUUUACGGCGCGUUCGUGCUGAAUCAUCGCGUCGUCCUCCACGCCAUCGACGCGACGCCUGCUCGAUGGCGUGGCGAUGCCGGUUCCUCGCCGCUCGACCGAGCCAGGUCGGCCCCGUCAUCGCCGAGAAAUGACUUAGUGAAGAAUUGUCGGGUGCACCCGACACACUGGUUGGUUUCCACACAGGUGGACAUGUUCGGCGCGGGCCUGAUGAAGACGGUGCUGGCGCUGCGCGAGGCGGGCAAGCUGCCGAAGCCGGACCCGGCCAACCCCCCGGCCAACCCCUGCAACCUGGCAGACAGCGUGCCGGGGGCGCUCGGGGACGCGCUUGCGAACGCGGGCUUCGGCCGCGUGGCCGCCGAGGAGUGGAGCUACCCGAUCGUCAUCGCGGGCGCCGACGUCGACGACGUCGCCGCGCGCUUCCUCGAGGGGACGCCGUUCCACAACGACAUCCUCGACGCGGGCGGCGCGCCGCUGCUGCAGGAGGCCCGGCGGCUCCUGGCGUCCAACGUCGCCGGCUUUGAUAUCGUCGAGCUCGCGGACCACGUCCCCGAGUGGGCGGGCGUCGACAACCCCGACGGCCUAAAGAAGGGACUGCUCUUCCCGACCAACACGUGCCUCUACGUCACCGCGGUCGCCCCGUGAACCCCACCACCCGCUCUUUCUUCAUUCGGGAUGCACCCCCUUGUUCUCCCCCGG